AAGACCACCUUAAUUAUUAUUUUGACUGAAGCACUAAUUUUAUUAGUUUGCAUUAUUGAUGUUGAAAGAGUAACAAUGCAAGUCACCUUCCUCUGCUAGCUAGGGUGUUAGUUAUUCCCAAGAAAAUACUUUCUCGGCAAUUCAUCAUGUGUGAUGGCUUGGGAGAAUGAGGAACAUGUACGUGUGUUGUCGAUCCUAAGAGGAGGAGUGGAAUGUCAUAACAAAUAUUCUUCAAUAUCUGAUUUCAAACAGGAUUUGGAAGAAGGCGCUUUGGCACAUGAGGAAUCGAAGAUGGGAUGGGUUUUGUAUGAGAAAUUAGACCAUCCACAAAUCAUAACUCUGCUCAACCAUGUUGCAUCCGCGCACUGUUGGAUAUAUACUAGUUAUAUGGUGCAGUUUUGGGGAGUAGUAAAAGUGGAGGGGCGCCAUCACUACCUGUCUUGCUCACACCACCCUUUUCUUGUUUAUUGUCUCACAAAGGGGGAGUGUUGGUACAGGAAGCUAAGCAGGGACCAUGUGUAUGUUGUGGACGUCGGAGGAGGAGAUGAUGAGCAUCUUGGAGCUGUAGGACGGGCGUAUCGGAAUAAGCAACCCGAAUCCUCACCCGAUUUGAGGCUCUAUUUUACCCAUGAAUUUCCCAUGAGGGAUGAAGCUGCACGCUGCGGCUUUAGAAGUUACAUGGCAGUGCCUCUAUUUGAUUCCCAUACUUAUCAAUACUAUGGUGUGUUGGAGCUCUUGCAUGGGAGUUAUUUAAAUUGGAAAGAUCCGCUUUCUAUAUUGGAUAGAGCACUACAGAUUGCAGGGUUGAGGUCCACUCACAAUUCCAUUUCUAUUAGCGGCUCCGCAAACAAAAUGAAGCAGCAACCUGAGAGCGAAAUCACAGAGGUACUUGAAUUGGCUAUGGCGACAGUUCCGCGACUACAUCUGGCACAAGUUUGGGUUCCAUGCCAGCAGUGUGUCAACAUGGACACCAACUUAUGCUGCAUGGAAAUAGCAUCUUUCAUAGAUUCUCAAAGUAAGAUGGUCGAUUCAUUGGAUGGUAGUGAUUAUGCUAUGAAAGGCUAUUUUGAGGCUUGUCAAUUUCAUAAGCUACGAAUAGAUAUUAGUAGCUGCCACUCGAAUUUAUGUGAUUUAACUAUAUCUAAGAAUCCGUUGGCGCACUAUACCCAGAGGGCUAGAAUGUCCUAUUGUUUUGCAAUUUCUCAUAUAACCAAAAGCAACAAGCUGUACGUCAUUCAGUUUUUACUUCAACCGAAAUGUACACAAGAUGCAUACGGUGAUUAUUCUCUGCAAUUGCUCUUAAGGAUAAUGGAGAUGAAUCUCAAAAUCUUUACAUUUGUAUGGGGAAAACAACUAUUAGAGGAAUCUCUAAAGCUGAAUGCAAUUGAAUGCGAAUCAAUUGAUAGUUUAACUGUGAUGAAGUCCUACAAGCAAAACUUUUGCGAGUUGAACAUGACAACAUACUUGAAGACGGUUGACUCGUGUUGCCUACAACCCUCCUCCGUUGGUAGGGACAAAGGAUGGGUUUUUCGCUUGCCAACCAGAAAAGGCUUAUGUACAAAUCAUGUUAAAAGCAACUCCCUACUUAUCAAGGGGAAGAUGGAAGCUUUUAUGGAGAAAAUAGCAGUCAAAGGUAGGAAGCACAAUAAAUGGAUAGUACAAUUUUGGGCUCCCAAAAUGGUGGAGAAUAGGUGUUAUCUAGAAACUUCAGAUCAGCCUUAUGCUGUUGGUUGUCUUGCAAAAGGUAUAGGUUUAUUUAGGAAGAAAUGUAUGGCACAUUACUAUUGUAUGGGUGAUGAAGCCAGAGAAGAGGAACUUGGACCCCCCGGACGUGUCUUCAGAAAUGGGCAUCCUGAAAUCACCCCAGACCUCUUUUAUUACACUACCAAAGAAUUUCCAAUCAGAAACUAUGCAAUGCUUUGUUGUAAUCGAGGAUACUUAGCUUUACCCAUACUUGAUGAUGAAGACAGUGACAAGUGUGUCGGUGUGCUGGAGUUCCUUGGAUUUUAUUAUUCUGAUCUUCGAAACAGCGGAAGAGCACUGGAGGUAGCAAAACUGUGCUCAACUCACAUAGACUUCCACCCAAGAUUUUUAGCAAAUGAACCAGUCAAUGUAUGCUUCAAUUCUUUCAGCAACAUGCUUAUCUAUUUUUACACCAAUUCACUUGUAAAACUCUGCUUCUGCCAUAAUAUGUUCUAUUUGGAUCAGACUCUCUCUUGCAGGAAAAAAGCUUUAACUGAAAUCCGCAAUGUCCUUAAACUGAUCACUGGGGGCGACCUUCCCCAACUCCAUAUGGCAAAUGUUUGGGUUCCUAAUAGAGAAUGUGUUAGUAUUACUAAUACUAAUAUGAGUUGCAUGCAACUCGCAUUGUCUACUAACCAAUUAUGGUGGAAACGUAGAGAUAAAGAUGAAAGUCGUUGGAUUCAUGUCCAAGCUAGAAAAGGGAUUGUUGGGAUGGUAUUGGCAUCUGAAAACAAGUCAUGUUUUUGUCAAAAUUUAUGUGCAUUCAGCAGUGUUGAUCAGCCCCUAUCACAUUAUGAGAUGAGUGAUAGACGUGAUGUUUGUUUUGCAAUUUGUUUGCAAAGUUCACACACUGGUUACCUUGUUUAUGUUGUGGAGUUCUUUCUCUACCAAGGUCCUCCAACAUGUGAAUAUGUUCGGUCCUUCUUGAGCUUGCUACUGCCAGUAAUGAAGCAUCAGCUCAGGUCAUUUAAGAUGGCAUCUGGGAAACAACUAGGAGAGGAAUUGGUGGUUGAUGUUAUCGAAUUUUCUGAGGCAAACAAACUCGGUCCCUCUGAAUCAGAGCAGGCAGGUGUGUUUCCAAUCAAAUUUAAAAGUGUGCAAUACAAGCAUCAACAUGCUCAGGUUCACCAAGAAGCAGAAGAAUGCAGUGCUGCUGCUUCAGAUUCCAAGAGGGCAAACAGAGGAAAAAGGAAAACAAAUCUCCAUCUCAGCCUCGAGAUUCUCAAGCCACAUUUCGGGAAGAAGCUACAAGAUGUUGCACAAGUGCUUGGCGUUGGAAGAUCAACAAUAAAGCGUGCAUGUAGAGAUUGUGGCAUUGAUAGGUGGCCAUGUAAUGAAAAUCACAAAAAUAAUCCAUCCCUCUUUGGAAGAGAAAGUGUUAUGGAUUCUCAGCAAGAUUCACGACCAUCAACCAACAACCUUCAGCCAUUGGAUACAUCUCCCGAUCGAGACGUGACACAAACAAACACAAAAGGCGUCGAGAAGGUGAUUAUAAAGGUGAAAUAUAAAGAUAACAUAAAGUUUGAGUUGUCUCUGUCAUUAGGAGUGGCAAAGCUUAUGGAAGAAGUGGCCACCAGACUAAAUCUGGAGAUGGGCACUUUCAAAUUGAAAUAUUUGGAUGAAGAUUACGAUGAGAUCUUAUUAAUUAGGGAUGAUGAUCUGCAACUUUGUCCAAAAACACAAACAGCAACAGGCAAGACUUGCAUCCAACUGUUGGUUCGGUGAAAAGCUGUAUCAAGACAUUCUCUAUCAUUUCUGUUUUAAAAAAUUUGGUGCAUUGUUUUUUUCCCUUUGUAUGUACAAAUUGAUAACAAAAUAAUUAUGAUGCCCAAAAUUUUUAUUAUUACAAUGUAAUUAUAGGAUGAUUUAUUU